CUCUACAGUGGGCGUGGCCCAGGCAUGACGCGCUGCAGUGGGCGCGUCCCGUUCCAUUGUGACGCAGACGGAGGGGGCGUGGCUUCCUCGCCAAGUUGCUACUUUUUUUCCCACGCAGGCUGAGGGCUCCAUUCAUUCAUUCAUUCAUUCAUGCAGAAGGCAAGCAGGGAUUAAUUAAUGGCUCCCAGAUCCUGAUUUUUCCUGAGGAUCUCUUCAUCUUCGUCCCUCCUGGGCUGCACCUGAACACCUGCCAUAUUUCCAGCGACAUCUUUGCAGCUGCUCUGAAACUGACCUCCUACAAGAUGAAGAAGACUCUGAAUUUUUGUUCGGUCAUCGGCCUCCUUACAGCUUUUUCCUGGCAUCAGGCUUUUUCCUGGCAUCAGGCAUGGGCGCAAACAUGUGGCAUAGAGGAGUAUCAGAACGCCGAGGGACGUUGUGUCACCUGUGAAGGAUGUCCACCGGGAGAGGAGCCAGACCGAAAAUGUGGCAAUGGGGAAGGACUGGGCAUGAUUUGCAAGCCUUGCUCAGCAGCCUUUUUCUCUCCCAGCUAUGGGCUGGACCUCUGUUCAUCGCAUACCCACUGUGAGGGCAAGAAGAGAGUCCGUGCCAGCCCCGGGACAGCAACGGCAGACACCUUGUGCGGGGACUGCAUGCCAGGGUAUUACAGCCCCGAAGGUGAGACCAGCCCGAGAGCCAUUUGCCUCCCUUGUUCGUCUGCCCACAGAGGUGUCCCAGGUUGCCCAGGAUCAAGGAGGUGGCUGACACGUCUGACGCGCAACGCUGAGGCCGUGCAGAGACGGGAAGAGAAGACGCCAGGCAACGGCACCCGAGAUGGGAAGUCAGAGGAGAGUGCCACUCAGUAUGCUGUCUUGGCCAUUGUCCCGGUCUUCUGUGUGAUGGGUCUCCUGGGCAUCCUUUUCUGCAACCUCCUGAUGAAAAAGGGGUACCACUGCACGGCUCACAAGGACACGGAUGAGGAGGGAGCCAAAUCUGAGUGGAACGGAAGCAAUAAUGCCUACAGGAUAGAAGAUGCCAAUGAAGACACCAUUGGGGUCUUGGUGCGUUUGAUCACAGAGAAAAAAGAGAAUGCAGCUGUCCUGGAAGAGAUGCUGAAGGAUUAUCACAGCAAACAGAUUGCUCAGCCCAUCUACAAACCAGUUAACAAGUUGCAUCUCCUGCCUCAGUUUCCCCACAUCUGUCGGCAUCAGCACCACUUGCACACCGUCCAAGGUUUAGCCACUCGUCCUGGGCCUACCUGUACUCGAUGCAGCCAGAAGAAAUGGCCGGAGGUCCUCCCUGCCACGGACGCAGCUGCCGGCGGUUCUGCCACGCCUAACAUAGCCAACACCAAGCAGGCAAAAACUGGAAAUAAGCCAGGCAGACCAGGAGAAAUCACCAUCCUUUCUGUCGGCAGGUUCCGCGUGGCUCGCAUCCCCGAGCAGAAGCCCAACCCUUCAGAAGUGAAAACUAUUUCGGAAAGCGUGGGGGCAGAAUCGGCUGAGCCCCCUUACGCCUGCCUCCUUCCAGAGCAAAAACCAUUGGUUGGCAAUGGAGGGAAGCCAAAAUGGCUGACGACGGAAGACGGCCAACAAGAGGUCAUCAUCUGACUGCCGUGCCACAGCAGAAGAUGGAACAGCGGAUCAAUUGGAGGUGCCAGGCCAAAGUGCCCACCAGAGACAUGCACGCACUGGGGGCAUCGUGGAAAGUGAAGGACAAGCCCUCGUUUUGUUUUUUCCUUCCCCAACGGGGGACUCGCCCGAACUCUGGAGCCUUGUGGGGCUGGUCCCCCACCUCCACUCUUGGUAACGCCGUCUGUGCCAACUGGAGCGCAGAACUCCAGAGGACACCCUUGGCAUUGCAAAGACUUUUUAACAACCUUCUUGGAGAAAGGACGAUUGGGAAGGAAGUGGGGUGGAGGGUGGGAUGUGGUUGGGAAUGGGGGAAAAGGGAUCCUUGCGUUGCCAAACUGGAGAACCACUUGACACAGGCUUUUGUUUACAUGCCAUCGAACCCUCCUGGUAGUGCCAACCAAGCCAGGCGGCUUUUUUUCUGAAGAAUGGAAGAAGAGAGGGAGUCUGUUUUCUCUAUAGGCAUCACCACAAUGUUUGGUGUGGCAGGGAGUGGCUUUUAUGUUUGAAAGGGACCUGUAUUUAUUCAUUUAUUUAUUUAGCUUUUCCACAUUCACUGGAGUUGAUGGCUAGGAUCCAGAUGUAUUCCCUCGGUGAAGCUGCAUACCCGCCAAAAUUUCACAGAUGACAACUUUGCCAAGAUGACAAAGGUUAUUAAUGAGGAAGAACAGAUAAGCUAGGAGAAGCUGACUGCAGUUUGCUUUUGCCUGAGCCUAUUGAGAAGGCCAAAGUUUUGCCCAUUCUUUUCUUCCCCUAUUGAGUUAAUUGAGCACAAACUACUUUUGCACUUUGAGCUCAGUUUUGCAGCAAUGGAAGUAAGCUGAGGACAAAGGGGGAAACGGGGAGGAGUGAGAAACUGGGACAUUUUAUAGGCAGCUGAAAAAGUAGGAUGACAGAGGAUUAAUCAGGACUAUUGCUGCCAGAUUGGGACAGUUGAAGAGUAUGAAUUACUUGAGUGGGGAGGAUAUCUUAUUUUGUCAACACUGAAAGCAGCAAUAUUUUGUCAAAGGGUGAAAAGUGGGGUCCCUGUUUAUUCCUCUCAUGCACAGCCCAUGAAAUAUGGGACUGGGGGGCUCACAUCCCCGCAAGACUAGGUUGGGGGCUGAGCCCCUCCUCCCAAAUUAUCUGGUACAGUUGGACCCCCAAAACCUCUAUGUAGUUGAGCGGCUACAGGAAAUAUCAGCCAGACAUGUAAUAAAUGAUCAAGCCCUAAGAAAUACAGUCGGCACUCCAUAUCCAUGAGUUCCAACAAGCAAACCUUGAUUUUGCCAUUUUCUGUAAGGGAACCAUUGUACUAUGCCAUUGCAUUUAAAUAUACUUGAGCAUCCAUGGACUUUGGUAUUUCAAUCCAAAGGCCUUCUGUAUUAAGGCAACCGUUAUUGUUAUUGAGUCCUCCCAGAAAUAAUAAAAGUUUCUUGCAAUCUAUCCUAGGCAGACUUACUUGGGAGGAAGCUCCACUGAACAGAUGGUUGGGGUAUUUAAGUACGCAUUUAAGGAUGUUUCACUGAUAAAGGAGAGGGGAAAAGUUCACUCCAGGCAGGAACAUACCGUAGGGAAGAGACAGCUGCCAUAUCAGGCCCUUGGUGCAUCUAAUUCAGUAGUGUCAACUCUGGAUGUAUCUGUACUGUUUUUUAAUGUGAGCCACUCUAAGUCCCAAUUUUGGGAAAUGGAUGGGAUAUAAAUAAAUAAA